AGACGAUCCCAAUUCCCAUCCCGUUUCGUCGACGCCGUUUCCUUGCCACUUUCCGCUUUCUUCCUCCCCCGCCCCUCUUCCUCGCCCAAAUCGAUAUCUAUCGAAUCGGCGCCCUCACCCAUCGAUCCAUCCAAAGAAGAAGAAGAGGAAUAAGGAAUAGAUUAGAGAGAGAGAGAGAGAUCGGCGAUGGAGGAGGUGAAGCUGUGGCGGGACAAGCGGGAGCGGGAUAUGUACGACAGCUUCGCCGACCUGUACGCCAUCAUCAAGACCACGGACAAGCUGGAGAAGGCGUACGUGCGCGACCUCGUCUCGUCCGCCGAGUACGAGGCCGAGUGCCUCAAGCUCAUCGCUCAAUUCCGCACCCUCCACUCCGCCCUCCGCGGCGCCGUCCCCUCCCUCGACCGCUUCGCUGAAGCCUACCGCCUCGACGCUCCCGCCGGCAUCAAUCGCCUCCUCGUCUCCGGCGUCCCGGCCACCGUCGAGCACCGCGCCGCCGGCUCCUCCUCGGCCGCUGCCUCCGCCUCCGCCGUUGCUGAGUGCGUCCAGCACUUCAUCACCGCCAUGGACUCCGUCAAGCUCAACAUGGUGGCCGUCGACCAGGUCCACCCCCUCCUCUCCGACCUUUCCACCUCCCUCGCAAAGCUCGGCAACGGCCUCCUCCCCCCGGACUUCGAGGGCCGCACGAAGGUCCGCGACUGGCUCGCUCGCCUCGCCAAGAUGGGCGCCGCCGACGAACUCACCGACCAGCAGGCCCGCCAGCUCCACUUCGAUCUCGAGUCCUCCUACAACUCCUUCAUGGCCGCUCUCCCCAACGCCGGCUCUUGACUCUCCCUCCCUUGAAUCCUCCUUCAGAGCUACAUUUAGUUGGAUUUGGGGAGCCUGCUUGAGCUUAUCUUUGUCAGCAACUUCGGUGCUAAAUGGUGUGAAGUGUCUCAUAGUACAAAAGAUUAGGAAGGUCUAUCUCUUUCUUUAGGUGAUCUUAAUGCUCAAAGGAUGCAACUAUGGUUUAAAAACACAUCUUUUGUCGUUUGAAUCUACUAUGCUUUCAAGUGUCUCACAACUCUGGCUUGUCAUUUAUAUACUCACAUGCUGUUUUAAUAAUAAAGUGCUUUCUAGUUAAGAAAAUUUA